AGAUAUCGUCCAAUGUUGCUAAAUCUAAAGCACAGAGAAGAACUCUUUGGGAAGACAGGACAGUAAAUUCUGCCCACAGAAUUUGUCAAGAUGAAGAAUUUCUGUUUCUCUUCAUUUGGAAUUAUUACACUUUGCAUCAUUUGUGUAACAGCUCUGGACAACUGUCUGAAAGAUCAGAUACGACUGAAGGCUCAGGUGAGCCUCCUUGAGCACCAAGUGAAACUUCAGCAAAUAAAAAUCCAGAACCUGUUGCAUGAGAAGGAGCUCCAGUUAAUGGACCGAGGAGAUGAACAACUUGUGAUGGUUCUGGGAAACAGACGAAGCUAUGCAGAUUGUUCUGAAAUUUAUAACGCUGGCCACAAGUUGAGUGGUUUCUACAAGAUAAAACCUGUUGAGAGUAUCGAGCCAUUCUCUGCCUUCUGCGACAUGACUGAGGGAGGAGGCUGGACUGUUUUUCAGAGACGCUUCAACGGAAGAGAAGACUUCUAUAGGAACUGGACUGAUUAUAAGCAAGGAUUUGGUGAUUUUGCUUCUGCAAAUGGAGAAUACUGGCUAGGAAAUGACCACCUGCACUAUUUAACAUUGCAAGGUGACUACACGCUGAGAAUCGAUUUGAUAGAUUUUGAAGGCCAGAGAAGAUUUGCACAGUAUAAGAGUUUCAGGGUUGGAGAUGAACAGAGCUCCUAUCAAAUGAGUUGUGGCGAGUAUACAGGUACUGCUGGGGAUUCGCUUUUGGGGGGGUUUAACCCUGAAGUUAAAUGGUGGGCAAAUCACAAUGGCAUGAAAUUCAGCACCCUGGACAGAGACAAUGACAACUAUGAAGGAAACUGUGCCGAAGAGGACAAAGGCGGCUGGUGGUAUAACAGGUGUCACUCGGCUAACCUAAAUGGUUUGUACUACAAAGGACCCUACACAUCUAAUACAGACAAUGGGAUUGUUUGGUACACAUGGCAUGGAUGGUGGUAUUCUCUGAAAUCGGUCACGAUGAAGAUUAGACCUGCAGAGUUUGAGCCAAAUGCCAUCUAGAUAAUGCAUUCACUUCACUUCUCAUUCUUUUACUGUGAAUUUAAUUCAGGAACCAUGUUCAAAUAACAUUUAUAAUAAUGUUUAUGAGAAUCGUGUUCUUGCACUUUAGAGUAUAUAACAACCUGCUAUUAUGCAAAUCUCAAAACCCACUCUGUGGGGAUUAAGAAAUGAUCUGGGUCACGUAAUUAAAGUUAAAUGUAAAAUAAUUUGAACAGUUUACAAAUGUAACAUAUUGAUGUUUACACAAAGAAACAUAUAUAAAGCAUUAAACUGUAAAACUGA